UAUCUACUGGCAACCUUUUGCACCCUUCUUUUGCAUUUUUUAUUUUAAUCUAUUUUUCAUUUGGAUGGUCUUGAUUGGAAUCUUUUGAUCCAACGGCCAGGAAUUUUGGAGGUACGUACCCACUUCGUAGAAUUUUCCUUUUCUCAACGUCCUUCACACGUAACAGCCCAUGGGCGCCCAGUUUUGGUGGCCUAAAGAUUGCUUGUAAGCUUUAUUAAUGAUGCUUUUGACUGACCAAAUUGCAAGUUCUUCUCAUUCCCUUCAAACCAUAUAUGCUCAUUUCUCAACUCUCACUUUGCAUACACAGAUUAAGAAACUAAAAGAUGGGGUUGUGUAAGAUCUCAUCUUCACUAGUUGUUGGUUUCAUGGGGUUAGUCCUUGCUCACAUCUCCUAUGCCCAAAACUCUCCACAAGACUUCCUCGAUGCUCACAAUGCCGCGCGUGCAGAAGUUGGUGUUGAAUCUAUGACAUGGAAUGACACUGUAGCUGCCUACGCCCAGAACUAUGCUAACCAGAGGAUUGGCGAUUGCAAUUUAGUGCAUUCAAGUGGGCCUUACGGUGAGAACAUUGCCUGGGGCACCCCUUCAUUGACAGGCACCGAUGCAGUGAACAUGUGGGUGGGGGAGAAGCCUUAUUAUGACUACAACUCCAACUCAUGCGUUGGUGGGGAAUGCCUGCAGUAUAUUAAAGUUAUUUGGCGCAACUCAUUGCACCUUGGGUGCGCUAGGGUUCAGUGCAACACGGGUGGGUGGUUUGUCACUUGCAACUAUGAUCCUCCAGGCAACUACGUUGGACAGCGUCCUUUUCUGGAGAACUCUAACAGCAGUCAUAGUUGUAUAGUUGCUAUUUACUGAGUAGAGUUUUCUCCUAAAAUUUCUUUAGAAUAGUUGCUGAAAAUGCCAUAUGAGUAAUGUAACGGCCCUACCUAAACAAAUCAAAACGUACAUUUAUACGACUAAAAACUUUC